AAGUAAUUCACGCGAAAGGCUCUCAGAGGCCAGAAGGAAACAAAACGAACACAACAAAGAAGAUGUACAGAGGCGAAGGGCUGAACUGCGCACUUGGCUUGUUUCCCCCACUCGACCAAACUGGGGCCUGAGGGGUCAAUCGCCCGCCAUGGCAACCCCACUACCACCUGACCAGAAAAGAACAAUGGUUUUCCUGAAUGGCGAUAACAGAGCUCAUCCAUUGGCAAGGGAAAGAACAAUUCAAAGCUAUCGGGAGCUGGAUCAAUUGCCCAUUUACUUGAGUCUACUUGAGACAAAGAAUUAGAACAUUAGAAAAGCUCAUAUAAGUGCCCAAAUCGGCCUGGUCAAGCUUCCCAUGCCGAUCGUGAUCGCGGCUUCAGGGAGACAGCGGCGCAAAGUUCGUUUUACUACGGCCAACCAAGCACCGCAGCCAGGAAACACGCAAAACCACCCCAUCCGGCCUAAGGUCUCAACAAGUGGUCGUCUGUCUGCUGCGACUACGACGACUUCUACUGACUCUCAAUCAUUGCCGAGAUCCAACGACGAAAUGUGCGAGCCACAAGUGCAACCCGGGGUGCCAGAUCUCUUCACCGCGCCGCCUCUGCUCCUAGAUGCUUUGGUUACGGAAACUUCCGAGGUCCAAGCGGAAACGGUCAACAAAUGUCUGCCUUUCUUGAAGGGCAUCCACAGCACCCAGAAUGGUCCUUUCAAUCGGUUUGGCGUGCCCGCCCUCAUGAGGGAUGAGCAUGUAGCCUAUUUGUUCGACUCCCUCGAGGACUAUCCAGAGGGGUUCGUUGCCAUGGAUGCCAGUCGGCCCUGGCUGGUCUACUGGGCACUGGCGGCUUUGAGCCUUCUAGGUGAGGAUAUCAGUAGAGUCCGCGAACGUGUUGUCAAAUCAUUCAUACCCAUGCAAAACCCGGCGGGGGGCUUUGGAGGUGGCCAUGGCCAAUUGUCCCACUGCGCUUCGAGCUAUGCUGCUGUGCUUUCCCUUGCGAUGAUCGGAGGCGAAGAGGCAUACAACUUAAUCGAUAGGGAGAAGAUGUGGAGAUGGCUUGGGAGACUGAAGCAGCCCGAUGGGGGCUUUAGAGUCUGCGAAGGUGGGGAAGAAGAUGUGCGCGGCGCUUACUGCGCGAUGGUCAUCAUAUCACUACUAGAUUUGCCACUUAUCCUACCCCCGGAAGCCGAAGCCAGACAACAUGGUCUGGAGACGUUUGAUAGUGGCCUCUCCGCAUACCUCUCUCGAUGUCAAACAUUCGAAGGUGGGAUUUCCGGAAGUCCCGGGUCGGAGGCACAUGGCGCCUAUGCAUUCUGUGCUUUGGCAUGUCUGUGCAUCCUAGGCCAACCCGAAGUGACUGUGGCGAGGUGCAUGGAUGUCCCUCUCCUCCUGUCCUGGCUCUCUGCUCGACAGUAUGCCCCUGAAGGCGGCUUUUCGGGCAGAACCAAUAAGCUGGUUGACGGAUGCUACAGCCACUGGGUUGGAUCUUGCUGGCCAUUGAUCCAAUCCGCGCUCGACGGAGCUCAGCCGGCUGCAGGCCCCAAACAGAGCUCUGUGGGCAACCUCUACAGUCGGGAAGGCUUGACCCGAUAUAUCCUUGGAUGUUGUCAGGCCAAGUUCGGGGGUCUUCGUGAUAAGCCUGGAAAACAUGUAGAUUCGUAUCAUACCUGCUAUACCCUUGCGGGUCUAAGCACUACACAGCAUUAUCACUACCAUACAAAUCGCAGUGUCUCCAGCAAGGAAGACUUUGCGUCAGCUUUCUCAUGGAAAUACACUUCUCCAGUCACUUCUGACGGCGGUUCAGCUGAUGUGAAUGUGUUUGACGAGAACGACAAGGUUGCAGCUCUUCAUCCGCUUUUUGUGAUUCCUCAUGCGGCUGCGGAAGGAAUGCGCCUGUGGUGUGAGAGGCAACCAGUAAAUGUGAAUUAGCCAGCCUGGGCCUUGGGGAAAUUGUUGGUUAAUCAAGCGGGGAGAUGGGAGCGAGUGUCUGUCAGUUAGUCAGGGUGAAUCUCACUUGUACAGUACAAUAUACAUGCACGCAAGAAUCAGCUUAAGAUUAAGGAAUCUGUGUGACCGCUGAGGUAAACG